AUGCCUCCUCUCAUCACCAGCACCUUCACGGCCGACCCCUCGGCCCACGUCUUCAACGGCCGUGUCUACAUCUACCCAUCCCACGACCGUGACACCGGCACUGAGAACAAUGACAAUGGGGACCAGUACGACAUGGCCGACUACCACGUCUUCUCCGUCCCCUCCCUCCACCCCUCCCCCGGCCCCGUGACAGACCACGGCGUCGUCCUCCGCGCCGAGGACAUCCCCUGGGUCUCCAAGCAGCUCUGGGCCCCCGAUGCCGCCUCCAAGAACGGCAAGUACUACCUCUACUUCCCCGCCCGUGACAAGGACGGCGUCUUCCGCAUCGGCGUCGCAGAGGGCGCCAGCCCCGAGGGGCCCUUCACCCCGGACCCGGAGCCCAUCAAGGGUUCCUACAGCAUCGACCCGGCCGCCUUCGUCGACGACGACGGCCAGGCCUACCUCUACUUCGGCGGCAUCUGGGGCGGCCAGCUCCAGUGCUACCAGGGAGCUCAGGCAGCCUCGUACGACGCCUCCUGGCAGAAGCGCGGCGAGCGUUCCGGCCCCAGCGAGGCAGCACAGGGUCCGCGCGUAGCGAAGCUCACGGACGACAUGCACCAGUUCGACGGGGAGGUCAAGGAGAUCACCAUCCUCGCCCCGGAGACGGGCGAGCCCAUCCCGGCCGACGACCACGCUCGCAGGUUCUUCGAGGCCGCGUGGCUGCACAAGCGCGGCGGCGAGUACUACUUCUCGUACUCGACCGGCGACACGCACUUCCUCUGCUUCGCUAGGGGCAAGAGCCCCCUGGGCCCCUUCACCUACGGCGGCAGGAUCCUGGAGCCCGUGCUGGGGUGGACGACGCACCACUCGAUCGCGGAGGUGGAGGGGAGGACGUACCUCUUCUACCAUGACUGCGAGCUGAGCAAGGGCGUGGACCAUCUGCGUUCUGUCAAGGUCAAGGAGAUUUUCUACGAUGACAAGGGUGAUAUUAUCACGACUACUUCUGAUUGA